AUGCUUGUUAUUUUUAAUUGUUUUGCAGUGCGAAACUUUUGCCCACCGUUGAAUUAUUUCUGAACAGUUUCCAGUAAAGUAGUCGCUUGAGAAUUUCGAACUGCCUUUGGAACCGACUGCCUUUCAGUUUUUCCUAGUUAUCCGAUGUGAUAUCCGUGCAAAAAUCCAGGUAUUCCAACGCUCGAAUGCAUAUUUUAGUUGUUCUGUUUUCAAAAUGAUAUGGAAUGAAAGCGUUUCUCAGCCGUUGUUUCCCAGAAUUCAAUCACAUUUCAUUCUCCAACACACAUACAUAUUGAGAGAUACUUUGAAAGACAAAAAAGGGGCGAAGUGAAAUUUGGGGGAAACAACUAAAGCGAUUAGUGGCGCGACGGUCGCGACUGAAGGACGAUUCCAGCACGGACGCAGACGUGACGAACGUCGCCACAGACAUUCUGCCGAUCGAGGAGACGCAAACGAAAGAGGAGAUGGGCGGAGCCAGAAGACAGUAGCAUGUGAGAGCACUGGAAUCAAGGAGAGGACAGACGACAGGCGGCUGGCGAGACACGAAGAAACGCAGACCUGUCACUUGGCCGCCUCCAUUCCUACAGUUGCGUCCGAAGUCGCCGUCGCUGCUGUCGUUCCUCUCCAGAAAGCGAGUCUCUGUUCAGAGACAAGAUGAUGUUCAUCGACUUCUUCCUCAAGGGGCUCAAACCCCACUACGAUGACGACUCUGUCGAUCGCCUCAACUACUACUUCACGCCUAUGCUCCUCGUUAUCUUCGCUCUAACUUUGAGCGCCAAGCAGUUGGUUUCUUUUUUGGUUGAAUAAUCAUUUCUCUAAAAUCAGAUUUCCUGAUAAACAUUAUAAUUGAUCGUUUACUUAAAGAAAAUAAGAGCACAAUUACUGAAUUUUGAAGGCACUAGGGUAUUUUUUGUUGGUUUAACUUUUUUAUUGUUUCGUUUAGAACACGACAAUUUCCAUGAAAGCCUCAGUUUUUGAACUACGCUGCACUUGUGGAUAAAUUUUGACAAAUUAGACUUUUCAACGACUUGCCAAUUUUUUUAGAUGUCAUUUUUUGAACGAUGCUAAUGCCGUGAUCAAAGUGAUUUCGCGAAAUAAAAAAAAGCCGUCAGAGAUAGAAAAAGACAACAGAAUUUUGGAGAGUCAGAGACCAUUUCGCAUUUCGCGGAAAUCACUUUGAACCCAGCAUAACUUCAAAAGUUCUAUGCAAACUUCAGACUCCUUGAAAAAAAAAAAAAUUCUUUUUGCGCGUCACCGUGCGUUAUAACGCCGCUCUGUCAUGUUGCAAAUGGGAUUUUUACGCGGCGCCGGUUUUUUUUGUAAAUCUUUUCAAAUUUAAUGACGUGUUUAUCGGAGAAACGGAACAUGCUUCAAAACGAAUAAUCGUGUUCAUCGGCGCGCCAAAGUUGCCCCAAAACAGUACUAAUUUUGGUUUUGGAGCAAUUUUCUUGCGUUUCGAAGCAAUUUUCGUUUUGUCCGAUGAACACGCCAUAAUCUAUUCUUGCAUCACGUAUAAUAUUUUCAUAUAUUCAUGCAAGGCAGGAUUGCCGCGAGCCAGGAUAUUUUUUUAAGUUUUGUUCAUCUUAAAUAAAUCACUGUAUGCUCAAUGAAUUACAAAAAAUAAGAAAAUAUCCUGUCCGGCAGCCUUAGCGCAUUCUUGAAUCAGGGCGCACCAAAAACUUAUCAUUCAAUCAUCGAAAUUACAGAUAUGUCGGCCAACCGAUUCAGUGUUGGAUUCCAGCUCAGUUCACUGGUGAGUUCAUGACUCAAUAUCACCAUGAGAAACUGUUUUAGGCGCCUGGGAGCAGUACAGCGAGAACUACUGCUUCGUCCAGAACACCUACUUCAUCCGCCCAGACCGUUACAUUCCGGACAGCACGCAGGAGCGCGAGGACAAUGAGAUCGGUUAGUUUUUGUCGUCUUAAACUGGACUUGAAAGUUUCCUUUUCAGGCUACUACCAGUGGGUGCCAUUCAUCCUCGGAAUCCAAGCCAUCCUUUUCGGCAUUCCUGCCUUGUUUUGGCGACUCACCAACUGGCAGUCGGGUCAGACUUUUUUCAUUUUUUUGCGGUCCUUGUUUUUUGUCAUUCUGUUAACGUCUUGGUUUUUAAUGCUUCUCAAAAGUUUUAAAAAUCCGAAAAGAAAUAGAUUAUAUUUAACUUUUUAUCGAAAGUCAAAUCUUGACUACGGUAAAAAUGAAUCAUUUUCUUAUCGGCGCCCCAUCAACCUUUUCUCAUUCUUUUGAACGAUUGAAAAAAAUCUAGAAAAAAAUAGCUUCAAAAAAAUAACUUUCAUUCGAAAGGAAAAAUCUCGAUUUUCUUUUUUUCAUCAUUUUGAAAGUUGGAAAAAAAUCUAAUUGAAGAAUUUUUAGUAUUGAGAAAAAAAGAAAGUUUUAUAUCAACGUUCAGUUAGUGAGGCACUUUUGCAGGAAUCGCCGUCAAGUCGAUCAUCCGAAUGGCGCGCGACACGAGCAACAUGAACGUCGACCGACGUCAUGAAUCCGUGGGAAUCGUCGCGGCGCACGUCCACGAUUCUCUCCGGAUCCAGAGCCAGCUCUACCAAACCAGUUCGAUUUUCUAUCUUUCAUUUUGCGGUUUCCCUCUCUCAAAUCGUCCGAAUUUUGGAACUUUAGAAAAAAAUAAGCAUAAAAAAAUUUACAUAACUUUGUUUCCUUACUUAGGAAAUCGAGAGUGGUCUCUAUAGGGGAAAAACAGCUCCUUUUGGGGCCGAAAAAGUGGUCCCUUUAGGGGUAGAAUCAAAGUGGUCCCUAUAGGGGUUUAGGGUUUGACUCCUAAGUCCCAAAAGUUUAAGGGGAUCCUAUAGGGGUCUCUCAAUUUCAUUAAAAAAACGGUAAUUCAUUCAGUUUCCCAAUGAAAAUUUUUCCUCGCAAAGAGCACAUGAAAAUUAUCAACUAUUAUCUGCCCUAUAGGGGUCACUAAAUGAAACCUCUUCAAGGACCCCUUUUGCGAGCUUUAGUAUCCCCUAUAGGGGCUGGUAAAGGCAUCCCUAGAAAGGACCUUUCAAGGGCCCUAUAGGGACCACUCAGGAGUUCCUAAGUAGGUUAUAUUUUUUUUCAAUUUUAAACUUAUAUGAGUCUUUUCUUUGGGGAGAAGAAGCAGCUUUUUUUUGUCAGUUUUAAUUUAUUUCUGUACUCUUUAAACUACGCCGGUGCUGGAUAAAUCUUGAAGAUCUCCAUAAAAACAAAAAUUAAGGUUGAAAGAACUUUUUUUUUUUGAACAUCUACAUUCUCCAUGAAAGCUCUACAAAACGCCUUGUUCCAGGCAGCUGGUGCUCGUUCAUGUACCGAGGCAACUACCUGACAAUGCUCUAUCUCUUCGUCAAGUUCCUCUAUUUCUUGCAAGUCCUCCUACAGUUUGUGAUCCUCAACAAGUGAGCCCCUGACGUGCACUUUCCUCCUAAAACUGUUUGAUUUGAGCUUCCUGACGACCAGCUACACGUUCUGGGGCUUUGGCAUUCUGAACGACUUGAUUCACGGCCGCGAGUGGGAGGAGAGCGGACAUUUUCCCAGGUUGAUUUCUUUUUUCGGUUGAAGACUAUCAUUUUUGAAGGGCCUAUUUGAAAAAUAAUGAUACAUGGGUUUCAAGGUAAGAGGUCAGUUCGGAAGAUCUAAGAAAUGGUAGUGGGAAAAAGUCGUCCGAAAAUGUUUGCCCAUGUUUUCUCCCGUCUUUGUCAACCAAAAUGCCGAACCGCCAAUUCAUUUGUGUACGUUUUAUGGGACGUGAGAAAGGAGGCGAGGCAAGAACGCGUCUUUUCGCGUUCUUUCUGGGGAUUUUAUCCAUCCUUUCACUAAUAAGUCCAAUAAAAAAAAACGGAAAAAACAGUUUUUGACCGGUCGGCUCGAUUCAAUGCGUUCCUAGUAGCUCCUAAGUAGUCCCUAUAGGGGCAACCUUAGGGAUUCUUGGAGGGCUUUCUCUUGCGACAACUUUACCAACCCCUAUAGGGGCUAUUGAAGCUUUCAAAAGUGGUCCCUAUAGGGGAUAUGCUAGUCGAUAAUUUUUCAUGAACUUUAUCUGAAAAAUAUAAAAAAAUGAGCUUUUUUUGGAGUCGAAAGUCCCCUAUAGGGUCCACUUGAGCUUCGGGGAUUAAAGGGUCAGACCCUGACCCCCUAUAGAAGCCACUUUGACUUUACCACUAUAGGGACCACUUUAUCGGCUCCUAAAUGGGCUGUUUUUCCCCCCUAACCCAUAUAGGGCCCACUCGAGCUUUGGGGGCUAACGGGUGAGACCCUGAACCCCUUUAGGGACCACUUUUUCGGCUCAUUCAGAGGCUCUUUUCCCCUAACCACUAUAGGGGGCACUCUGGAACUCCUAAGUACAUGUGAUAUGAUCAGCAAUGGUCUUACCUUCAGUCCGGUCAAAUCUUGACAAAAAACCCUUAGGUAAACGUUUUUUACUAACAGCUGCUCAUUUUUGAAUUUAUUUAAUGUUGACAUGAAACCGAUCUCAGUUUUAGCGUCGACUUUGUUUAUAACAUCCGAGACAAGACAGACGCGCACCUGCGACAAAAGUUGUACCACAUCUGCUUGGUACGAGCCAAAAGAAAAACUAACAGAUGCGGUGCCAUUCCUCCUUCUUUUUACGUAGAAGUUUUCCUAGCGAGGGACUUUCCUCAUGUGGCAGUUUUUCGAGUUCUUACGCAUAGUUAGCGGCAGCCGGUUUACAAGCGACGAGAGCCGUGUGAAAACGGUUGUUUGCACUUAUUUCGCCGUUUUCGGUGCGAUGAUCGAUCGAUUCUCAGGGCCACAGGUGUUACAUGCAAAUGAUUGUUGACAGCCAAGUACAGGGACCGAAAUAUAAGUUGACCGAUCCGGGAGAACAGAGCUAAACGUUUUGAGACUUUUUUUCAAGCUCAAAAAAAGUUUUUUCAAUUUAACAGUUCACAGUUUCGAAUGGUCUGGGAGAUGAGAGAAGUUUUGAAAAAUAAUAUUCUUCUCACAGAGUUUAAGCAAUAUCUUUCAUCUGGUCAUCUACUGAUUCUUAGGAAUACUGUAACUCGCGAGCAAGAAAACAAAAAGAGGAUGACUUUUGUGAGUAAAGGAACCUUGGAUCUUUGAUCCUCCUGAACACUUCGAAACAUUUGAAAAUAAUUCUAUCUGAUAUAAAUUUUCAAAAAGAGCCGAUUCUUGAUUUCUUAGAUAACGAAAGGAAUGCAAUCUUUUUUUCUUCUAAACGAAAACUUUUUAUCAAAUGUCGAAUCUUGUGGUAAAUGUUUUGCCUUCUUUCUCCUCAGCCACAGGAAUGAGGGAAAAGUCACAAGAUGUGUUAUUUUGAAAAAUAAGUCAAAAUGGUUUUCUAACUAAAGGUAUAUGUGUACGAGCUUUUAAGGAAAUUUUCAAGAUUUAGUGAUUUUAAAAAAUUCGAUUAGCUGGUUGGAGAGUGUUCAAGAAGCAUGCGAAAGUUCAGGAAUUUUUCGAAAAAAGCAGGUGGAAACAGGCUAAUUUUUCCAUUUCAAAGAGCUUCUGAAUUUUUUCUGAACACUUGUUUGAGCAUUAUUAUUUUUCCUAUGAAUUUUUUUAUAAAAUUUUCUCGAAAAACAUUUUUUUUUUGUCAAGGAAUAGACGUAGGAGGUGUUCUUAUCUCUGUAACAUAAGGUUUACUUGUUUUUUUUUCUCCACUUUUUGAGUAUUUUUCGUCGCGCCAGACUUGACUCAACGUGCAGUAGAAACUCGAAAUCGUGGAGGCGAGGCGAGGAGGGUCAUGAAAAGGGACGAUUUGCCGAAGGUCGGCGCCUCGUUCUGACACUCGUACUGCAUGGGGAGGGCGUGAGAGAAUGGCGGAAGACGGCCGAUUUGGACGGCUGGGGCAGACCGUCAGAUACGAAACCGAGGGGUCAACCGUUAAAUUCUUGCGCCUUCUCAAAGGAGAUUUCAAUGGUUCCUCUUUUCAUCGGGAAGAAUUCUGUUAGGAUCAUGGCCUCGCAGGAAAGAAGGGAUAUGUUAGAAAAUUUUCAAAAGACCCAUGAUGAAAAUUUAAUUAAUGGAAGCUAUUUGCAGUCUGGUAUGCUCUUGGAACUCUGUUUCGAAAUUCGACACACUGAACGCUUCAAAAGCUGAAUCGGGCUGAUAUUUAAAAGAUAGAUUUUUAUGUAACUUAGGUUCCCUUGGAAGGUCCCCUCUAGGGACCACCUUACCAACCUCUAUAGGGACUACUAAUAUUUGCAAAAUUGCUCCUCAUAGGGGUUUUAGUUAGUGGCCCCUAUAGGAGACAUACUGCACGACAAUUUUUGUGAAUUCGUGAAGAAGCGUUUCCAUGCGAAAAAAAAAACAAAAAAGCGUUUUGAAUGAAGUUGAAAGACCCCUAUAGGGGCCACUGAAGCUUAAGAGGCUAAGGGGUCAGACUCUAAACUCCUAUAGGGACUACUUUUCCGGCCCAUUUAGAGGCUCACUUUCCAAGGACGGCUUUCUAUAGAAAGAUUACCGUAACCACUAGCAAGUGUAACGCAAACAAGCUUCACAGAAAAGAGACGCGCUCAUUGGCUGGGAGAGUUUUCGGGGUUGGAGCAUCAAACACGAUUAUGAUGUUUCAGAGUGACGUUGUGCGACUUCGAAGUGCGUGUUCUUGGAAAUAAACAUCGCCACACGGUUCAGUGCGUCCUCAUGAUCAACAUGUUCAACGAAAAGGUCAUUUUCUGAAACAUGAAAAUGAUGAAUUUGUAAAUACAACUUCAAACUUUAGGUCUACCUGUUCCUGUGGUUCUGGCUUCUGAUGGUCGCGUUGGCAACGCUGGUCAACCUGCUCCAGUGGACCGUGAGGCUGACCUCGCCUUCGAUCCGAAGGAAGUUCGUCUCGACUUACCUCCGCGUCCACCAACUCGUCACCCCCGAUGACGUCUCCAGUACGUUUUUCUCUUCUGCUGACUAUAAUCCGAUCACCUUUUUUAUUUAAAACUAGUGAUUUGAACUUUUAUUUGUCAUCUUUUGGCCAUCAUCACUGAAUCUUUUUUGUCUUUUGGAGAGAUCAUGAAAAAACGAUGUAAUUACUAUUCAAUAAACUACUCGGGCAAAGUCGGAAGGGUGGAUAACGGCCGCUAAAAGUGAGAGGCUCAAAAAAGGCCGCAGAAGGGCAAGAAAAAGGGUCCUUUUAUCGAGCUUUCCAUUUUUUUUUUCUGGGAUUUCAAAGGCUUAAGAGAUGGUAGAAAAAGGAAGAGGCAGCAAAAAUGUCGCAUAAGGGCCGAUAAAAUGGCGCCAAAAGGCACCAAAAAAAGCUUUUUUUCACCUUAAAAGGCCUAUUUUUAUGGAGCCUUUUUCCCACCUGUACGGGCCCUCUGAGAGUCCGUUAUGGAUCAAAAGGUUUCCAUUAAUUUUUCCUAAACGGGUGGCAACGGUUUCCGUUUUACUGCCUUUUUUCGACCUUUUAUCGGCCUCUAUGCACCCUUUUUGGACCCUUUUGAGAAACACAAAAGUUUUAAAUCGAGAAUGAUCUUUACCAGUGACUGUGUAUGAACCAAAAUGUGCUACAGUAAUAAAAUCGGAAAUCAUCAAUGACCGAUAUUUUAUUCACUCUUUUCGCGGCCUCUCCCUUUUUUCGCCCUUUUUUGAAUUUUUUAGCCCACCAAGAAAGAAAAGCUCAAUAAAGGCCGCAAAACGGAACCCUUUUAGCAUCUAACUUUGGCAGUUUUUCCAACAAAUUGAUAAUAGUUGGUAAUGUCUUUUCCAAGAAAAAGAGCUUUAAGGUCUCCGCGCCUUCGAACGCUUCGUCGAGAAGGACCUUCGCAGCGACGGCGUCCUCAUCGUCAACCUCAUCUCGAAAAACGCCGGCGACAUCCUCACCACGGACCUCGUCACCUCUCUCUGGGGCAAGUUCCUCGAGGAUGAGGAGGUCAGUUCAUAGCCCGGAUGGAAAACUUCGAUAACUUGCUUUUCUUCUUUGGUUCCAAGCAAGGGGCUGGUUCAAGGCCACCUGAAAAUAACUGUGGGAAAGCCCAGACUUAAUUAGCGGGAAUUGGUUCAGCGGCAGGGAAACCGGUCGCAGAAACGAAUUGACUGCGCUAGAAAACCCAAAGAAAGUGUUUCUUUUCGGCUUUUUAUUGCCACGGAGGGCUGACUCGAUUAAAGUUAUAAUCAUGAAUUCUGCAAAAUUUGUUCCGGUUUUUUUUUCAAACGUCUUCCAAGUUAUAUUCUUUUUGGAGGCUCCGAGACUGAUCUAACAAGUUUAUAGUUUGCUCAGAUUUUGAAUGUCAACUCGUAGCUCAAGCUCCGCCCCUAAUGGCGCGAUAAACCAAUCAGAGAGAGAGCGAGCCAUCCACAGAGCGUUUUCGUAUGACGUCAUUGUACUUGACAUUCAAUAAUGAACAGACUUUACAAACCACACAUUUAUUCAGUCUCCAGAGAAGGUCCUCUGCUGAAUAAUGGGAUAAAUGGAGAGUUGAUUUUCGGUUUGCGGGACCAAAAAUGGCUUAUAGAUCAUCUUGUCCUUUUUCGGAUAGUAUGGUCAUGGCGUUUUUGUUAGUUGAACAAAGUACGAAACUAAAAAAAUUAAUUUUUUUUUCGGUUGAUGUGUUAAUAGAUUGGUCAAAAUAGCCCCCAGAAAGUGAAAAAUAAACUGAAUUUUUUUUUGUAUUUUUCGAAAAUUACUUCAAACAGAGCAUGUGCAAGAGCGCCGCGGUGCAUGCACACUACACACCACACUUUACGGAAAAAAAAAUAUAUGGGCGGGCGUCGUCAAAGAAAAAACGCCGUGAAGUUAAAAAGUUGAACGUUACGGCGAUCAGCAUAUUUUCGGAGGAUUUGGGAAUUUAAAUUUAAAAUAGUUGUUGGGAAAAUUGUUGGAAACAGCUCAAGAAUAAAUUCUUGCAGAAGUCGUCGCGCCGAGCCGAUUCGCCACACGGCGGCUUCAAGGAGGAUCUCUCGAAGCGUUUGGCCUAG